AUGUCCAGGUUGUUGCUGAUGGUAAGAAUUUCUACCGUUUCUCUGAAAAAGCUGAGACUUUAUUGCUCCGGUCACUUCAUCAAACAUGGUUCUUCCAAUUUUCACAUCAGUAAGAGAAAACAUGACCGACACUUCACCUCCGCUAUACAGCCUCCGGACACUCAUAUUGGCCAUAACUUGUUCGACGAAAUGCUCAAGAGAGAGAAUAGGACGGUGGAUUCGAGUUUUAUGUUCUUUCAAGACGUACUUAGAUCCUCCAUGAUGAGAUCACAGGCAGAGAAUCCGAGGAGUAUCCAUUGUUUCGCUCUGAAGAGUGGUUUUCUCCAAGAUUUGCCUGCAUCUUCGAAGCUUCUGACGCUUUACGGUAGAACAGGGGACUUGGCGUCUUCUUUGGGUCUGUUUGGUGAAAUUCAAGUGAAAGAUGUGAUUGUAUGGAACAGUAUGAUCACUGCUCUGAAUCACAAUGGUCGUUCUCUUGCAGCUGUUGGAAUUUUUGUUGAGAUGAUUCAGAAAGGAACUGACUUUGAUUCUACGACGCUUCUACUUGCAGCUUCGGCGUUGUCAAGUCUGAACCUUUCGAAGAAAUGUCGACUGGUUCAUUGUUUGGCGAUAGAGGCUGGAUUGGUUUCUGAUUCUAGCUUGUGCAAUGCAUUGAUCAAUCUUUAUGCUAAGGGCGAGGAUUUGAGCUCAGCAGAGUGUGUAUUCGCACAUAUGGAGCACAGAGACAUUGUCUCUUGGAACACAAUUGUGACUAAAUGUCUUGCAAAUGGUCAUCCCAAGAAAUCGUUGGAGUAUUUCAAGGCGAUGACUGGUUCAGGACAAGAUGCUGAUAAUGUGACUUUCUCAUGCGUUAUCUCCGCUUGCGCUUCUCUUGAGGAGCUUCUUUUAGGUGAAUCACUCCACGGUUUGGUUGUAAAAUCAGGUUAUAUCCCAAUAGUUCAUGUCUCUGUAGCCAAUUCCAUCAUUUCGAUGUACUCAAAAUGUGGGGACUCAGAGGCUGCGGAGACCGUGUUUGAAGAAUUGUUAUGCAAGGAUGUGGUUUCUUGGAAUGCAAUCCUGAAUGGGUUUGCUUCAAAUGGGAUGUUUCAAGAAGCGUUUGGUAUUUUUAAAGAAAUGCAAUCGGUGGAUAGGAUCCAGCCUGAUAUCGCCACCGUGGUUACAGUAACUUCCAUAUGCGGUGAUGUAUGUUUGUCACGAGAGGGAAGAGCGAUACAUGGUUACACGGUUCGCAGGGAGAUGCAGUCCAGAGAGGUAAUAAACAGCCUUAUUGACAUGUAUGGUAAGUGUGGCUUAACAAUGCAGGCUGAGUUAUUGUUCAAGUUAACGACUGAUCGAGACUUGGUUUCAUGGAACUCGAUGAUAUCUGCUUUUGCACAAAACGGGUUUACACGAGAAGCUAAGAAUCUGUUCAAAGAAGUUGUCAGUGAGUAUUCUUGUUCAAAGUUUAGCUUGUCAACUGUGUUGGCAGUUCUUCCGUCUUGUGACUCCUCUGAUUCUCUCAUCUUUGGCAAAUCUGUCCAUUGUUGGCAGCUAAAGCUAGGAUUUGGGGAUAAUAUCCUCUCAGCUAAUUCUGUUAUAAACAUGUACAUUGGUUGCAUGGACCUAACUUCAGCAUUGUUGCUGUUAGAGACGAUAUCGAAAACAAGGGAUCUUACAUCUUGGAACUCUGUUAUCUACGGCUGUGCAACGAAUGGUUACCAUUUGGAAUCUCUGAGAGCGUUUCAAGCAAUGAGUCGUGAAGGGAAAGUGAGUCAUGACAUGAUUACUCUUCUGGGUACUAUCUCGGCAUGUGGAAACCUCGAACUGGUCUUGCAUGGCAGAUGCUUUCAUGGUUUAGCUAUUAGGAGUUUGAGAGAAUCUGACACUCAAUUGCAGAACACGUUGAUCACCAUGUAUAGUAGAUGUAAAGACAUCGAUAGUGCAGUGAGGGUCUUUGGCUUGAUCUCUGACCCUAACUUAUGUUCCUGGAACUGUAUGAUAUCAACUUUUUCUCAGAACAAAGCUGGACCAGAAGCGAUCCAGCUCUUUAGAAAACUCGAGUUAGAGCCGAACGAGAUCACAUUCGUUGGCCUUCUCUCUGCUUCUAUUCAGCUCGGGUCUAGAGGCUACGGUAUGCAGGCACAUUGUCAUCUCAUUCGCCGUGGAUUUCAGGAGAACCCUUUUCUCUGUGCCGCACUCGUGGACAUGUACAGCAGCUGUGGGAUGCUAGAAACCAGCAUGAAGGUGUUUAAAAACUCAGGGGCGAAAUCAGUUGCCGCUUGGAACUCUGUUAUCUCCGCAUAUGGAUUCCAUGGAAUGGGAGAUAAGGCAAUGGAGAUAUUCAAGGAAAUGAGUGGUAGUAACACAAAGAUGGAACCAAACAAGAGCACUUUCAUAAGCCUGUUAUCAACUUGCAGCCACUCUGGGUUUAUAGAUGAAGGGCUGAGAUAUUACAACCAAAUGGAGGUUAGAUUCGGGGUGAAACCGGUUACAGAGCAUCUGGUUUGCGUUGUUGACAUGCUUGGCCGGGCAGGGAAGCUGAGAGAAGCUUAUGAACUCAUCAAAGGGAUGGGAGAGCCACAGAAAGCAGGUGUAUGGGGAGCUUUGUUGAGUGCUUGUAACUAUCACGGAGACACAAAGUUGGGGAAAGAAGUUGCAGAAAUUUUGUUUGAAAUGGAACCAGACAAUGCAUCUUACUACAUCUCAUUGUCGAAUACAUAUGUUAGGUUGGGAGGUUGGGAAGAAGCUGUACGGCUACGGAAGAUGGUCGAGGAUAAAGCUUUGAAGAAACUCCCUGGUUACAGUCUUAUUGAUGUUUGA